UCGUUAGGUGAUAGUUACAUCUUACAACCUAAUUAGGUAAAUGGGGAAGGCAAUAUCGACGCCACUCCUCUGCCAAUCAAAGCUCCUCUGUUUCUCGUUUCUCUACCUCUUUUCCUCUCUGUUUUUCGCUCUAUAUUUCUCUGUUUCUUCAACCAAAUGCAUUUUCAGAUCAUCUCCCUUCGAUCCCAUUCAAAUCCCUCUGUUUUUCUACCCUUCAUCUUAUGGAGAACACAAAUAUGGCAUUCCUACACUGCGUUCAUCCUGCAAUUCCCCUGUUUUUUUCUCAGAUUAUUGGGAGAUUUUGAAGGAAAUCAAAGAAAUAUUUAGGAAUUCGACGGCUUUAGGCUCCCAAUCUUUAAAGUAUAUGCAGAGGAAUGCUGAUAUUUUUGGUGGGAAUUUCAGUGUUGAGAAAAGAUUUUCUUAUUUCGAUCACCGUGAGGACGGAAGAGACAUCCCCUGUGGAUUCUUUAAACGUUUUCCAAUUAGUAAUUCUGAUCGUAUCGCAAUGGAAAAAUGCGACGGCAUGGUGGUCGUUUCUGCUAUAUUCAAUGAUCACGACAAAAUCCGGCAGCCAAAAGGCCUAGGAUCCAAAACCCUUGAUUAUGUAUGUUUUUUCAUGUUUGUGGAUGAUGUUACUCUCAAGGGCUUAAACCAUCACAAAUUAAUUUCAAGAAAAUCCAAGGAGUAUAAGAUUGGUGCAUGGAGGGUCAUUCGAGUUUCAAGCAAGCAUUUGUAUGAAAAUGCAGCAAUGAAUGGAGUCAUACCCAAGUUUUUAGUUCAUAGGCUUUUUCCUAACUCGAAAUAUAGCAUAUGGGUUGACGCAAAGCUACAGCUAGUUAUCGAUCCACUUCUAUUAGUCCAUUCGCUAGUUAUUAAAGAUAAUGUCGAUAUGGCUAUAUCAAGACAUCCGUAUUAUGUUCAUACCAUGGAAGAGACAAUGGCAACUGCCAGAUGGAAGAAAUGGUGGGAUGUUGAUGCACUGAAGACGCAAAUGGAGACGUACUGUGAGCAUGGCUUGGAACCAUGGACACCAAAGAAGCCAUAUCCAACAGAUGUGCCGGAUAGUGCUCUAAUGUUGAGGAAGCAUAGUAUGGCCAGUAAUCUCUUCUCCUGCCUUCUAUUCAAUGAAUUGGAAGCAUUUAAUCCAAGGGAUCAACUGCCCUUCGCAUUUGUGAGAGAUCAUAUGAAUAUAGGGCUGAAUUUGAACAUGUUCGAUGUUGAAGUAUUUGAACAAGUGACAAUGGAAUAUAGGCACAACCUUAAACCUGGUGGGGCCAAUGUGGGGCCCAAAAUUAAGAAGGCAAAUUCUGAUUUCUUUGCCAAAGGUGGUUGUAGCAAAUGUGAGAAGUAUCUUUUAAAAAUGUGGGGUGAAUCCCAUGAUUGAUUUUGUCUCCUGAUCAAUUCUUUUUGCACGGAAUGAGAGGUGUAAAGAGGAUUAUUAACUAAUAGGAACCUUUGACUGGAAAAGCUGACAAAUUUAACAGGUUGGCAGCAAAUUAUUUGCGAAUAAGAGUACUUGACCAGACCCAAAAUAAUUAAUUACAAGCCUUGGAGUUUUUGACUCAUUUAUACAGUAUAAUAUUAAUCUCUACAUGCACGCAUAAAUCUUGCGACCUACUCUAAAAGAUGAACCCAAGGUCCUG